GCCGCUGCCGGACGGACCGGGCCGCCGCCGAGCGGAGCGUGAGGGGCGCCGCUGAGCGACGGCCGGUGGACGGGAGACGCCGAGCGACCAGCGCGUCGCAGACAUGUCCGUCGAGCCGGCUCCAGUCGCCAUGAAGGCCAAGAAGGUGGUGCCGUACCAUCUCAAAUCUCCCAUCGGCUUCUCGCCGUACCAAGUCUACUCGAAGCAAGAGCGGAAGCUGUUCGUCGGCAUGCUGAGCAAGAAAUGCAAUGAGAACGACGUGCGGACCAUGUUCCAGUCGUACGGCCAGAUCGAGGAGUGCACCGUCCUGCGGGACCAGAACGGUCACAGCAAAGGCUGCGCCUUCGUCACGUUCGCCUCCCGCCAGUACGCCAUCGCGGCCAUCAAGGGCAUGCACCAGGCGCAAACAAUGGAGGGCUGCUCGGCGCCGCUGGUGGUCAAGUUCGCCGACACGCAGAAGGAGAAGGACGCCAAGAGGAUACAGGGCCUGGCCACCAACCUUUGGGGCUCAUCCGGCGUCAGCGCGCCGACUCUGAACCCGCAGUACCUGGCCCUCCUGCAGCAGCUGAAUGCGGGCAGCAGCCUGACGCUGCCGCCGAUGGGCGGUCUGGGCGGCCUGUCCUCAUCACCUCUGCUCUCCUCCGGCCUCCAGAACGGCCACGGUCUUCAGGGGCUGACCGGGUUGCACCACACGGGCUCGGGCGUGACCCUAGGUCAUGCCAACGGCGGCUCGACACCCGACCUGUCCAGCUCAGGUCUGCAGUCACUGAUCAGCAGCCUGCAGGGCACGGCGCCCAAUUUGACUACGGUCAACCUGGCUUCUCUGGCUGCUAUGAACUCUAACAGUUUAGGCAUCCACGGCCUGUCCUGUGGCACGUUGGGACAGUCCAGUCCGGUCUCCUCUCUGCCGGUGACGUCACUGGGACUCGGGGCCGGAUCAGUAACGUCACUGAACGGCCUCGGCGCCGGAUCGGGGCUGGACUCACUCGGCUCGUACUCAGCGCUUCAGCAGUACACAGGGUACCCGGCCUACACGCAGCCGGCGCUGGCGGCGGCCAGCAACCCGGCAGGACGUCAGAUGGAGGGCCCGGAUGGCUGCAACCUCUUCAUCUACCACCUGCCACAGGAGUUCACCGACUCCGACCUGGCGCAAACCUUCCUGCCCUUCGGCAACGUCAUCUCCGCCAAGGUCUUCAUCGACAAGCAGACCAACCUCUCCAAGUGUUUUGGGUUCGUGUCGUACGACAACCCGAGCAGCUCGCAGGCCGCCAUCCAGGCCAUGAACGGCUUCCAGAUCGGCACCAAGCGGCUCAAGGUGCAGCUGAAGCGCUCCAAAGACGCCGCCAAGCCGUACUAGCCGGCCGCCCGCGGCGUAGUUCAAAUUGGCUAGGUGGCGUGUGUGACCUUGUGUGACCUCGAAUGCCCGCCGUCCGUGUCCCGUGCCCGCCUGUCGAUGUCUCCGGGCAGGAGAGCAGAAGCCAGUGACCGUCCACACGGACCCGCGCCCGGAUACGCGGCACCGCCCUGACUGGCUCUGGCCACACCUUCGCUGAUCGCGUCUGUGACGUCGCGCGUUGUUUCGUUGCCGUGUCUGUACAUUACGUAGUCAUGUUUAUUGAGUUUUGUCUUGGUCGGCCAUUCAGCGUGUUUGCUUUUUGUCGCCGGGACGGCUGAGAGAGGUGACGAGCAUGCGGGGGCGGGUUUUUCUGACCAGAGCCGAGCUCGCGUUACCUGUCAGCCUUUCGUGUCGCUUUGUCGGGGCUUGCUAAAAAUAGAUGCACGAACGUCCUUGCUCUCCUUCCCUGAUCCUCGAAAGUUUUUUUCUCCGAAAACCACUAAUCGUGUCCUGAAUACGCGAAACACUUUUUUCGAAUGGUAGCAGCGGCCGCUUUGUCCGGUGGCUGUCGCGUCAUACAUUUACCAUCAAACUUAGCUUAGGCCUCCGGUUCUUGGGCAGUUUUUCGGAUGGCAAAGUGGCCGAGGAAUAUCGUUCUUUUUAUUGUAAAGCCGCGACACCUUUCGAGUUGGCCUGUUCGUGUUCGCGACCUUCGAGAAUGCAAAUUUAAUUCAAACGACCGCCAACUUUCGUUGCAUGGACGCCAUGUAAGCCAUGCCCUCUGAUAUAGCCCCCCCCCCCCCCCCCCCCCGUCAUCUCCGGCCGUUUCUUCCGGCCGUCCCGGACCGAGGGUCUCGUAGACGUUAGUCUUGGAUUUGUUGUGGGCGUCGCUGUCGUUUUGAGUUUAGUUUCACCCCUUGUCCGUUCUAUAAGUGUUAAGUUGGCUGCUACCCCUGGACGGUUUGGCCCCGCUCUUGCAUGGGUCAGCUGAGGGCUGAACUUGUCCUAUCCAACAGCAGUCAAGGGAUGAAGUUGUGGCGGCUUUUGCGUAAUUGGCCAGGGUAAUCGACGGACAAAAUUGCUUGUCAUCGCAUCAUCGCAUAGGCUUGAGCGACAGUCUCGUGUAUACCCGUGGAGAGAUACGUUCACGCCACGUUAUGAUCAUACCUGUCUCCGCCCUCCUAUGUUUCAUUUUCCUUCCACUGUUCGUUCUAAGCUGCGCAUACAGCCGCCCUGAACAAAAUCACAUGCCUGGAGCCACGUACCCUCGUCCCGUGGCUGUGGCUGGCGGGUCGGAAGACCGCGACCCUGUCCAGGGCGGAGGUCCAACAGCCAAGCUUUAGCCGUCCGUGCGCGCGCGGCUGCUGUAGGCCGUACGUUACUGCUCGUCUAGCAGUCCUGUGUUCGUCUCGUCUAACGCGUCCCCUAACCGCUGGCCAAGGCCAGUCUCUGUGAAGCGCACGCGCGCGUAAAUAUUACCUCGUCAUCCCCAGAGAUAGUGCUAGUCUAUUUAUACGCCGCCACUUUUAUGAUGAUGAUGAUGAUGAUGAUGAUGAUGAUGCAACUAUGAUCAGUAGCUGCAUGUGGAGGAUACAAUGUGAUUGGCUCCGUCGGGGCCAUUGUGUACAUGUGUGGGAUUAUAUAUACCGAAGAGUUGA